AUGCGUGCCUCUACCUUCCUCGCCAUGGCCCUGGCCACCCUCGGCGCAUCCGCCGACUCCGAAUCUACAACUACAGUCGGCUUUUUCGCCCCGGCCUGGACCAUCGAAGUCCCCAGAUGGGCCGAGGGUGCCGCUACCAGUUAUGCAGCCAGUAUGGCCGGCAUCAACGCCAAAGCCGCAACCUACCACGUCGGCUGUGCGAAAGACGUCCCGAAAUCAGUCUGCGACAUCCCCAAAUCAUGGACGAUUAUCCAAGGCUCCGACACGGCCAGUUUCUCUGGUGAAUGGGUUAUGUCUACCGCGUCCGAUAAGACUACCUACAAGGCUACUCUCACUGAGACCUGGGACUGUGAUCUGCACUCUUCAACUGGUUCGGCGAGUUGUACUAUGAGUGCGUCGUGGAGUGCGUCGGGCAACGGAGAAAAGGCUUCGUCCUCUACUUCUACCACUACUAGCCUUGCUUCGGCCCCUACUGAGAAUGAUUACAACCCGUUGACUGUCACUGCGGGAUUGAGCUCGGCUACUAAGGCGGCUGCUACUAAGUCUGGCGGUGCGGUUGGAUCCGGUGCUAUGAUUACAGCUGCGCCGGUUUUUGCUGCUGCAGCGAUGGCUGCUUUGCUUUAA